UGCAUGGUGGUAGUUUGAAUGUGGUCUGCAGUGCACUAUCAGUUGUAAAAUGUGCUGGCAGUUAUGACUUGAAAUAAAAGUGCUAAUGAGGCUACAUGAGGAUAUAGCUAAUUGAUUACUGCGUGUGUCAAAAUAGAUAAAGUUUAUUUUGAAUACAUUAAUAAACAGAUCAAGAAAUAUAUCUGCCAACUGCAUUGGUGUAUAAUAUUUAUAGGCAUUAUUUUGUAUGCAGCUGAAUUAUUUGGCGAUAACAUUUGACUGACAAAGGCAUAUUGACUUCACAAGUCUUGGGUGUGGAUAGCUAUUUACUUGCAGUGAUUUUUUCUGUAUUGUGCAGUAUUAACAUUAGUCAGAAGACUUGUGACAUUCACUGAGUGGUUUAAGAGGAAAGAGCAUUGCAUUUCAUUUACUAUUAGCAUGAGGAUUGGUUUGGGCUCCUCUGUGAAGUACGAAUUGGUAACCAAGACAUUUUGCGAACAAAAAAUUGUGACAAUAGUUGAAGAAAAGUGGAUAAUUAUAUAGAGGACUUUAUACAUAGUGACUAAGUUUUGAGUUGCAUGUGUUUGUUUUUUUUGGAGAAUACAAAGGGUUUUCAAGGUUUCAGAAAUUUUAUUUUAAGUGGUUUUCAUUUCACAAACCACAGGGUAUCAAAAGUUGAAGGUGUGUUUACUAUUAGACUGGCUGUGUAAACAGAGUUGAUAAUAGACUGGUGAUAACAGUGUCAGAUAAAUUGCCCAAUAUAAAGAGACCCUAGUUUUAGGGGUCUGAUAAGAACACAGCUGGGUUGUUUUGGACCAGAUUUGAAAGUUAGAUAAUUGAUAUUCAUUCUCGGCAUUUUGUAACUGUGUAGGGAGCCCCUGGCUAUUUUCAGAUGAAAAACAAUCUGACAGACCACUACUGGUCAUUAUCAUAUGUUACAGAAGAUGUAGGUUUUAUAGCCUGGAGUUAAAACAAGUUUGUGUUUAUUUCAAAGAAGAUCAACACUGUGUCACAAUAUUUUGUGAGCAACAUUUGGUGGACUUAACAAUUCAAUUAUAUCUGGACUUAAAUUAAUGAACACAUGUUUCGGUGUUGACUACAGCAGUCCGUUAAUGUAUUUUGGUCAGAUAGUUGUGGUUUUACAUUGAAGUACAGGUGGUGUGGUCUGGAAAAGAACAGAUUGUUACAACUCUAGUUUGAUAGAGUGGAGUCAAUGGACAUUGUUUAUGUCAUUUAUUGCCCGACAAAGUGGGUGAAAGAUUGGCAGUUAUUGGAAAUGAUAUAAAGUUACUUGGGAUUGGACAAGACUUCAUUUUAUGGGACACUUAUUGAAUCAUAGGUGAUACCGUCAACUGAUUAUCACUGCGUGAAAAAUAGAGACUUUAGUGGAAUAAGUAUUGGCAAUAGUCAGUGUGGAAAACUUUAUAGGAGCUUUCAAUUUAAUGUGUUUAUGGCAGAUUAUGUAAGAAGUUGUAACUGUUUACCGCAAGGAAUUUGAUACUUUAUAAAUUGUGAAAUAUUACCAUCAAUGCUUGGUAACAGUGAAAUCUUCCCAAGGAUUGUUCCACCUAGAAGCAUGCAGAAAUAUCUUUUCCUACAAAACCAACCCCGCAUGUCGAUAUUGCAUGUUGUACAACAAAAAUCGCUGUGAACGAGGAAUUUAUGCUGUUGGAUACAAUUUUUAGUGUCAUCAGAACGUGAAAAUAAAAUAUCAAAAUGGGAGCGAACAACUCAAGCGAAGUAGCGGAAUUUCGAGCAAAAUAUGGAUCAGGAAUAUACGCACAAGGAAAACCCUGCAUCCCCGAAGGAAUCCCCAAGGUCACAGACAUUACCCAUAAUUCCAUUACAUUGUCAUGGAUGUCACCCAUGAACUCUGGGACAAUUCUAGCCUAUCAGGUGGAGUGUUGUAGCAUUAAGGAGCGGAGAUGGCGCGUUAUCACAAGCACCUGCCAGGGAACAACCUACCGCGUGAAAAACUUGUUUCCAGAAACUGUGUACAUGUUCCGGGUUAGGGCAGAGAAUCUUUGCGGACAGAGUAAGCCUGGUCAUCCCUCUGAGGAAGUUCGGACUCGUUCCGAACCGACAAACUUCCUGGAGGAGCAACCAAAACCACAAAAGAAGCUCGUCCGAAGGCACAGUCACUAUUUAAAAAUUGACGAUGGUGUGAACAAGUUAUUGAACCGGACUGAAGAAGACCAGGUGGAUUCUACCAACAGCGUUGGCAGUAUUCCGUUCCGUAGGAACAGCCUGCGAGGGUCCCUUCCAGCGGGAUACAGAACAAAACGUAGCUCGGUUAGUAGUGUGUUGCCAGGAGUCAACGCUAAACGUGAAAGCAUCUCCAGUCUCAAGGAACUGAAGCGAUCAUUUGAAGAGUCUUCCAUAGCGGAGGAAGAAGGAAUUAACUUGAAACGUAUAUCAACAUCGUCCACAGAGGCAUCAUCACUGUUUUCAGCAAAUUCGAUGACCUCUAUUGCCGAAGACGAGGAGUUGAGGAUCUUGUACGGACAGACGGAUUGUCAUGUGUGCAGCGAUAACGACGAUGCGUAUUCAACAGCAAACUCUCAGAUCACUACUAGUUCUGGUUUCUCAAGUGCUAGUAGUCGAUCGUCAAAUUCAAAUAGUUCAGGACAUGUGUGUACGCAUAAUGCUUUAGUUCACCAUUCACAUACAACGCCCAUCAUUGAAAGCGAAGGUCCCAGCUACUUGCAUGCGUCGAUAACGGACGAUAACAAAUUGGACAUGCUUUCAAAUCCAGAUAAAAGCUGCAACAGGUCAAGUUCCAGUAAUUGCUCUCGAUUUAAACAUCAUCAAUGCGGAAAUCCGAAUUCCGGAAAAACGAUAUUCGAAAUUUGUGAUAAUGAGAUCUGGAAGGGACGUAUCGAUCGUACAGGUGAUUUAAAUAGUGACUGUGUAAAUGGGAAUGGGCAAGAAGGGAAUACGAACUAUGGGAAAUCUCUCGACUUGCGAUCGUUGCGGAACAUGUUGAACUCGCAGGACAUGCUUGUGAAAACAUCAGACACUUCUUCGUGUAUGUAUGACAACUUCAGGGCUAGGACUCACUGUGCCAUUAAGGAACUAGACGAAGACAUCACUGUGGAUAUUGUUUCUACAAUUUGAAUUUAAUGUAUUGCUUUAGUCCAAAAAUGUUUUGUUGAAUGAAAUUGCAUAAUUAUUACCAAUAUUAGGUUUGCCAAAAAUGUUUUUCAUAAUAGAAAUGACCUUAACAAAUCUUUUUUUAAUAUUUUUUUUAUGUUUUGCUAAGAAUACUUUUUUUAAUUCAAAACACAUUUUAAAAUUGUAUUUUUGAUCUAAAAUAAGUUGAUUUAUUGUAUUCACACAUGUUAUUAUCUAAGAUAAAUACUAUCACUGGUUCAACUGGCACAUAGUUAAUGAAUGUUGUUUGAACAAUGUUGGGGAUUUUCUGUGACCUUGAGAUUUUCUUGUUAAAUGUUUUAGAUAUUAGAGUUAUCUUUCCUUUUUGUUGAAUUGAACUAGUGCAUACUAUAAUUUGCUGUAAAUAUUUGUUAUUCUUAUUUAUAAACAACUAAACUUAAACAAUAUAAUUAAAUGGUAAUCAAUUAUUGCUCUCUAUUUCUGUCAAAUUAUUGCUUAUAGAUAUUUUAAAGGGAGGUACUAAUAUUUACAAAAGAUGACUUCCCUUUUGUAAGGGAGGUUAUUAAUUUAUUUGCGGAAGAGGAUGAUCUCCCAUAUUAUAUUGUUUAUUGGUGCUGCCUACCAAAUAUCUCACUACCAAAUAAAAUGUUUAGAACAAUA